AUGGUUCCGGGUGAGGCAGAUACUGAAUGUGCUCGCGUGGCAAAGAGUACUAAAUCGGCUAUUUUGACGAGUGAUUCGGACCUUUUGGUUCAUGAUCUUGGAGUUGAGGGUUCGGUUGUUUUUCUUAACUCGUUGCAGUUGACCGAGGAGGGUGGGAGUGAGAGUGAGAGUAUAGAGGACUCAAUUUCAAACUCAACUCAAGCAUUGAAAUUGAAACUUUGUGGACAGGGCAUAACUCCUCACGCUUUAUCUCGCCAAUUUGGAAUUCCCAAUAUUCAACGCUUUGCCUACGAGCUUCGUGAAGACCCGCACGCCCCUUUCUCUAAGCUUCUCCGCCUGGCUAGAGAAUAUAAAUAUGGGGUCGAUGAAAAACGCUCUGUUGAAUAUUGCGAUUUUCUUCGCGAGUAUGAGUAUGGGCCUCGCCCUAGCCUUCAUGCAGCAACAACCACAGAGAAAGACUCGGAGGGAAAGCUUUUCACUCUCGGAAUGGAUCCUAGGGUCUCUGAAUUAUUCUGGCAAUUUGAUUCCCCGGAUACAUAUACCCAAGCCUCCCAAUACCAUGUCUAUCUUGGAAUUCUCCACGAGGACUCUUCUCGACGCUGUGCUUGGGAGCAAGCUCGGUCUUAUCGCUCACUUGGCUAUGCCCUACUCAAUCUGAGUCGCCCUGCCGCACACCAGUCCCAGACUAUCUAUGAAUUUGUUCGGCGGGGAGGAAGAAUUGUCGCGGAGCAGGUCACUCUCGCUGGCGAGAAGACUGUGAUUUCUGACCUUGGACACCUCCAAGGACGUCUGGAUCUAGCUCGAAGUACCUUUGACCGUCGUGAUUCAUCGUCAAACUUUUGGUUCUUGUUUGCCCUCUCGGAGGUUUAUCAAGAAUUAUCGAAUACAACGACCCCACCAACCGCUAAGCAACUGCAAGGGUUCCUGGGCAAAGGCUUUAUGGGCAAAGGCACUGAUUGGGAGGAUAUUCACCUCCUAGCUCAGGUACAGGCUGUUCUGUACUCUCUUCGAAUGCUGCAACAACUUAUUCAAAUUGCGGCAAAGACUUAUGAUGUCGGGCCCUACCGGACUGUCUUGAAGGACUUGCCUCCCCUAUAUCUUCUCAUGAGGUCACGGCAUGAUAUCGUCCAGGGCUUUUCUGAAAAUGAGGGCUGCCGGAAAGUCGUUCAUCAGAUGGUUAAGACUUAUGGCUGA